AUGUCUAACCAAUCAACUGAUGCUUUCCAAGGUUCUCAACCUUUUAUAACAGAUAAACAAUUUCAGAAUUUAUCUUUGGAUGAAAUAAGACAUAUUAUUGAAGAAGAAAAAGAAGAACUUAAGAAAGAUUAUAAGGAAUUAGGAGAAAGAAGAAAAUUAAUUAAACAAUAUAAAAAAUUAAAAGAAGCUAGAGAAAAAGUGAAAAAAGGAAUUGAUAUAAAAAAAGUCUCUUCUAAAAAGAAAGCCCCUUCUGAAAAGAAAAAGAUAAAAUCAUUUGACGAGUAUUUUGAGGAAUGUAUAAAACAUAGACAGAUCCCCAAAGAUACUCCUCCUUAUUUUCGUGAAGCUCUUGAGCGAGCUAUUUUAGAAUAUGAUCAAGGACUUGAAAAAGAAAAAUCAGCUUUUGAAGAUUUUGCUGUUAAGUAUAUUAUUAAAGGAAUUCCUGGUUUUUCUCCACUUGAGUAUUUUAGACAAAUUUAUAAAAAUUUAAAAGAUUUUUUUACAUAUCAUCGAAAUAUAAAAUUUAAGAUGAUUUUGGUUUGUUUAAUGGAAAAACAAAAAAUUGAAAAAGAUAAGGGAGUUGUUGGAUUAGAAGAAGAUAAAGCAUACUUUACUUCAGGAACACUUAUUAAUAUUAUAUCAACAGAUGUAGAUAAAUUAAUUGAGUUAAGUAUAAAUACUAUUGAAGGAGGUAUAGAAGCAUAUCAACAAAAUGGAAGUGCAUGGUAUUUUAAAGAAGUGUAUAAACUUGAAAUUCAUAUUGUUGAAUAUAAUCCAACAAAAGGAUCAUCUUGCAUUCCUCUUCCGGAUUGGAUAUCAAAUAAAAAAGCAAUUGUUAAUAUUAAAAACAAAGAUGAAAAAUGCUUUCUUUGGUGUAUACUUAGAUAUCUUCAUCCAAAAGAAGUACAUGAAGAAAGACUAACAGAUUUAAAAAAGUAUGAGUUUUCACUUAACACCAAAGGAAUUACUUUUCCUAUGAAAUUAAAAGACAUCACCAAGUUUGAAAAACUUAAUCCAUCUCUUUCAGGAAUCAAUGUUUUUUCAGUUAAUGAAAGUAAAAAGUUUUAUCCUUUGAGAAUGGCAGAGAGAGAUUGUUUAAAUACUAUUGAUUUAUUUUUGUACGAAGAAGAUGGUGUUUCACAUUAUUCACUAAUUAAAAAUUUUACUCGUUUGAUUAAGACGCAAAAAACUGCAAGUAAGAAUGGUACAAUAUUUAUUUGUAAGAAGUGUUUUACACAUUUCACUAAGGAUGAAUUAUUACAAAAACAUAUUAUACAUUGUUCAAAUAAUGAAACGGUUUGUGUAAAUAUGCCUAAAGAAAAUACAAUGUUGGGUUUUAAAAAUUACUACAAACAACUUCCAAUCCCUUUUGUAGUUUAUGCAGAUUUUGAAUGCUUUACCAAACCAAUGAAUACUUGCAGUCCUAAUCCAAAAGAAUCGUAUAAUUACAACUACCAAAAGCAUGAACCCUCAGGAUUUUGUUUUUAUAUAAAAGGAGUAGUAGAUACAAUAUUUGAACCAAUUAUUUACACAAAAACUAAAGACAGUGAUGAUGUAGCUAAGAUAUUUGUUGAAAAACUUGAAAAAGUAACAAAUAAGAUAUAUAAUGAUUUUUAUCGUAGACCAAUACCUCUUAGACUAACACGAGCCGAACAAAAAUCAUUUGAUGAAGCUGAAACGUGUCAUAUUUGUAAGAAAGAAUUACUGACUGACAAAGUUAGAGAUCAUUGUCAUUUUACUGGCCAGUACCGUGGUGCAGCUCAUAACAGUUGCAAUCUUCAGUGCCGAAAACCAAUGAUUCUUCCAGUUAUAUUUCAUAAUCUUCAAGGAUAUGAUGCACAUUUAUUUAUAAUAGUGGGGCGGAUAUGUGCAUGGAUUGUGCGACUUUUGGUUAAAAGCAUGAAACUUAGCAAAAGAGUAUAACUUCAUGGGCCUAUCAAAUGUGGAUAUGGAGCCAUCGCGAAAUAUUAUGGGUUGUCGAGAUUUUGGCAGUAUCCAAAAUACCCAUCAAGUAAAACCGGAAGUGAAAAAUUUCAAACCGGAAGUGGUUUUAAAAUAGCAUAUUUUCAUUCUCUGAAUCGAUUAAUUUGAAUAUCGACAGAUUAGGGAGAUGCAUAAUGAUUAUAACUAUUGUUUUUUUUUGAAAAAGUUAUUAGUUUGCUGUUUAAAGAUGGAGGGGGUCGGGGUUUAUGUUACUACAAUCCACGACAAAGAUGCAAACAGUUUCAAACUAAGCUAUGAUCGUUUUCCUUCGUAUUUGAUCCUAUUCCACUCUACAUUUUUAGUUUUUAUAUCUAUGAUCAAUAAACAGGUUAUUUCCUGAAUUUUGUCUGACUACAGAGUAAUGUUACAUUGUUACUCUCUGAAAAUCGUAUUUCGGUGAAUUAUUCAUCUUUCAUCUGUAAAUUGCCGUGACUCUAUUUAUUUUCUUAAGAAAUAAUAAAGAAUGCAACCAUUGAAACGUGAAUACUUAUGUAGUAUCACAGUCAUCCGUGCAGGUGCAGCGUAAGCCUGCCUUUGUACAGGAACACUAUCUUUCCUGACAUCCUUUUUUACAUCUGCAUCGGACUGACGUUUUCGACACGAUUUCCUCACGUCAGGUAAUGUCCAGAGUGAUUCCAAAUGCAUUCAUUCAAUGUCCAUACCCACUCUUGUGGACUUGGUAAUACUGGACUAGGUCCAGCAGUCAUCAGCCUGAUAUGCAGCGCGCUUGGCACGCAGUAUUCCAGUAGAGCUGCUCUUGUUGCUAGCUAUUGUACUGUAGCAACUGGGAGAUGGUAAGACCAACUUCAGACUUAAUUGAGACUUCAAUGUUAGGACCAUAAAGAAUCAUAUUGACGAGAGAUACCAGUGAUGGUGGAACGGAGUUCACCUAGCAAUUCGCUUGAAAAGAUCCGUCAAAUUUUUUUUUCUGUGUGAACAUUUCUUUGCGCAUAAUGCUUGCGGCUUUGGCAAGAUGCAUCGCUUCUUCAGCACCGUCUUCCUUUCGAGCUUUCUGCUGCGCGUUGGCAAGAUCAUUUUGAAGGCCAAAAAAAAGACAUCACGUCCUUGCUUGUGUUCUUCAAGAGCUGAAAUUUGGGAAAGAAUGCGGUCUUUUAGACGUGCAGUAUGAAUGCGUGCAGCUGUGUUUUCGCCAAGUUGUUUCAAACAGGACGUAUACUUACCAACAAGUUCGGCAAGCUCCACAAGCGCGAUACCCUCCGGUCGUCGAGGACUUGUCCCAUCUCCUUUGCCUUCCCUUUGACUCUCUGAGCCUUUUUAUACAGUGAUGCUAAACAAGGGGUGUGAUAUUUAUCCUCCAGAGCUACCAAGUCACCCGCGCUUAACUUCGCCAAAAGCUCUGCAUCAGUCCUGCAAUGCCGUCGCACACUUCCUGACACGAGCAUCUAAACCAAAUGUUACGACAUUGUGAAGAGGGCUCUUACGUUUAGAAUACUCUCCACAAAAAAAAGCGUGUACCACUAUUGUUGAGAGAUGCAGGCGAAACUGAACGUGUAUACUAUAUUUUACACCAACAGGUUGUUCACUUUCAAGCGCAUGUUUUUUUUUUCUGCUCGUUUCAACUUCGUAGAAUUCAAGAGAUCGUAGCAACUUUUGUGCCAGCGUGCUUUGCAUCUUACCAACGUAUUCUCUAAUCCAUCACCUUCAUCUAGCUGUGAAAGAUCUAUCUGCAUAGGCAUGGAAUCGUGAUCCCUGAACUUUGCUAUAUUUCCAGCCAUGGUCUUGUAUCCGAGCGGAAUACCGUAAAAGCUCUACUUUGGUUUGCUGGCAAAUGGCACAUUUAGUCCAAUUGGUCUUAGCAAUAUAGCAUCGGGUGUUACCUGUUUAUUUCCAGGGCUACUGAAACUUUUCGGCAUUUCUUUAGGAAUUAAGUUUCUGAUGUCAAGAAAAAGAAUAAGGUAUAUACUCAGCCCUUUUUGCAUUGCAAUACCCGAAUGGUUCAAAUCGAGCUGACUAAAAGUAAUAAAAUAAAACAACAACAACGAAAGUACCCAGUAGUACCACCUCAAACAUGGUUAAUUUCGUUAACUAGAGCUCUACGUUAACUUGAAAAAAUACUUAUUUCUUUGGAUUUGAUUGUAUUUUUACAUCCGUUGACUAAAAAUCGGUUACUGGCUCGAACUAGAUGUUGAAAUUGUACCAAAGUGACUCAGUAAAAGACUGAAAAGUGAAAAACAUCGAUACCAUUUUGAGCACUUUUCUCACUGGUUGCCUCAAAUGCAAUACCAAAACUCACUUACUAGUCUCCCGCUAAGUCAAACUGUUUUGUUUUUUUUUUUUACUUAUUAGUGGGGAUCGACAGUAUAAUAUUAGUUAAAGGGUAGGUAGUGACACUCAAACAGAUCUGUUCCAAUUUUUUUGGCACUUCUUUGUGAUAAAUUCUUGCGUUCUAAAACACGGAAGUCUCACCCUACAAAGAAAAAAAUGGCGGAGCAAGUGUGAAUGUUAUUAGACCUUUUGCAUCAUGGGUAAUUUAACUCAGGCCACCAUGGCUGUUUUGACAUUGGCCACCUUCAUCAUCGGCUAUUUCAAGUUUUGGGCUAUGUUAAGGAAACUUAACAGAAUUCAGUAGCAAGAAACGUCACUCCGAACCGGCCCUCUGCGUUGUGAGAGGGGCUUAACGUAGUGAUUAAUUGUUUUUAAAAUACCUUGAUAACCUUGAUACAGAAAUUACGGCUUCUUAAACAAUAACUGUAUCUGUUUUCACUUUGUUACUAUUACAACGUUCAUUGUUUUGCAGUAAUCAACUCCUUUAUUUUUUAUAUCAUUCCCUUGGCAAUUCUGGCAUAAGUGUGUAGCACUUCCGGUCUAGAACAGAGUUAACAGAAAACGCUAAAAUUCUCCAAUUCCAUAAAUGCUAUCUGCUUUAUUUCAACAAUACAUCCUCUUAAUCUUUGUAAAUAACAAUAAAUGAACAGAUUUUUGAACUUAAUAGUUAAUAAAAAGCAAAGAAAUUCAACUUCCGGCGAAUUAUUAUUUCACUUCCAGUCAAAAUGGCUUCCUUUAAAACAAAAUCUCCAUAACUCGCGUCAGCACCAAAAUCCGCGAUGGCCCCAUAUCACAGAAUAAUCAAUGCAACAAAGGCAACAUUUUUACCAAGUAUGAUGCUUUUAACCCAAAAGCGCACAAUUCGACUCAAAUUAUGCAUAUAUCCGCCCCACUAUAAAACAACUUGCUUGUUUACCAGGUGAGUUAAACUGUAUUCCAUCAACAGAGGAAAUAUAUAUUUCCUUUUCUAAAAAGAUUAAAGUUGAUGAGUACAGGUCUAGACGAAAUGGAGAAACUAUUCCUUUACAUUUCGAAAUACGAUUUAUAGAUUCAUUCAAGUUUCUUCAAACAUCACUUGCCAAUCUAGUUGGAAAUUUACAGCCAGAUGAUUUCCAUAAUACAAAACAAGUAUUUAAGGAAAAUGUUAAACUUUUAACUCGUAAGGGAGUUUAUCCUUAUGACUAUGUUUCAUCAUUUGAAAAAUUAUUUGAAACACAAUUACCACCAAAAGAAGAAUUUUAUUCAAAACUAAAUGAUGAAGACAUAACUGAUGAUGAUUACCAACACGCUAUUAAUGUAUGGAAUACUUUUGAAUGUAAAUCAAUAAGAGAUUAUCAUAAUCUUUACUUUAAGUCCGAUGUCCUACUUUUAUCAGAUGUAUUUGAGAAUUUUAGAAAAACUUGUUUGAAACAUUACAACCUAGAUCCAGCUCAUUAUUACACAUCUCCUGGCCUAGCUUGGGAUGCAUGUCUCAAAGAAACAGGACAGGAAUUACAGUUACUACAUGAUUAUGAUAUGUUAAUGAUGUUUGAAAAAGGAAUUCGUGGUGGAAUAUCUCAAAUAUCAAAAAGAUAUGCAGAAGCGAAUAACAAAUACAUGAAAGGUUAUAAUCCUGAUGAGGAGUCUAGUUAUAUUCAAUAUCUCGAUGCAAACAAUCUUUACGGUUGGGCAAUGUCUCAACAACUUCCAACACAUGGAUUUAAAUGGAUGAGAAACCUAACAAAAGAGUCCCUAAUGGAAAUUCUAGAGAAAGCAAAUCAUAGUAUGUCAAAUCGUGGAAGAAAAGGAUAUAUAUUUGAAGUUGAUUUGGAAUAUCCUAAAAAACUAUGGGAUACACAUAAUGACUAUCCACUUGCACCUGAGAAGAUGAUUGUUAAUGGUGUUGAAAAACUAAUUUGUCAUUUUAAACCAAGAAAAAACUAUGUUGUACAUUAUCGGAAUUUAAGACAAUAUCUUGAGAUGGGAAUGAGAAUAACUGCUGUUCAUAGAGGAAUAUCAUUCUAUCAAAGUUCUUGGAUGGAACCUUACAUAAGAAAAAAUACAGAGCUUCGAAAAACAGCAGCCAACAGUUUUGAGAAAGACUUUUUCAAACUAAUGAAUAAUUCAGUAUUUGGAAAAACAAUAGAAAACUUAAGGAAAAGACAGAAUAUAUUUCUUAUUGAUAAUCGUAAGAAAGCUGUCAAACUAACAAGUCGUCCAAACUUUGAUAGAGCAAAAAUAUUUGAUAAAAAUCUUAUUGCGGUUGAUAUGAAAAAAACCGAAGUAUAUUUCAACAAACCAGUAUAUGUUGGUCAAGCAAUUCUAGAUUUAUCAAAAACAUUAAUGUUUGAUUUUCAUUAUAACUACAUUAAAAAGAAAUAUAAAGACAAAGCUGAGUUAUUGUUUACAGAUACCGAUAGUUUGAUGUUUCAGAUUUACACAGAUGAUUUUUAUAAAGAUAUAUCCCAUGACAUACUAACCAAGUUUGACACAUCUGAUUAUCCUCCUGAUCAUCCAUCUGGAAUACCAACAGGAGUUAACAAAAAAGUAAUAGGGAUGUUUAAAGAUGAAGUAGCAGGAAAACAAAUAACUUGUUUUGUUGGAUUGCGGCCCAAACUUUACAGUUUUAGAAUUGAAGAAGAUAAAGAAGUACGUAAAUGUAAAGGAAUAAAGAAAAAUGUCGUAAAAAAGAAAUUGGAUUUUGAUGACUAUGUUCAAUGUUUAUUUUUGGAUAAAAAACAAAUGAGAAAAAUGAAAAUAAUAAGAAGUGAAAAUCAUGAUAUAUAUUCAAAAGAAGUUAACAAAAUAGCUCUAAGUAAUGAAGAUGAUAAACGCGAAGUACUCUUGGGAAAAGUAAAAACGAUAGCUUUAAGGUAAUAAAGUAUAAAUAAUAAAUGUCAUAUACAGAAGAUCAAAUAAAAAAAUAUUUAGAAAUAUUGCAUAAUUAUAAUAAAAAACCUAUAGAGGAAGUGAAUGAUAGUAAAAAAGCUAAAUGUUGUAAUUGUAAAAAUAGUGAAUGUUUUACUAUUGAAUCAGGUUAUAAUAUUUGUGAUUACUGUGGAGUAGCAAAUGGUCAUGUAUUAGGCUUUUACGAUGUUAAAGAUUAUGAUAGAUUACAUUUUCGAAAAAAGAGUAUUUAUCAGAGAAAGUAUCACUAUGAGAAAAAGGUUAAUCAAGUUUCUAAAAAAUAA